UAAAAUUUGUUUGCGGUGGUCAUUUUAGUCUCGAUAGUUAUUCCAACAAACAAAUUGGCCGCUUGAAGGCUAAUGCUGUACCAACCGAAAACCUUCUUGAUGUGUUUACUGAUGAGAGAAUAUUACAGUAUCGAACAGUAAAUGUGUCAUUUGGCAUUCUGAAUAAAUCACAAUCAGUGAUGGCUGAGAAGGAAGUUAAUCUAUCUGAUCGUGUAGCUGAAGUAGGGGAUGGUGUUUGUGAGGUGUUGGAGACUGCUGAAAGUGAUGUCACCAUUCCCAGUUUAAAUAACAUGCAGAGGAGAAAGUGCUGUUAUAAAAUGUGUCUAGAAAACAUGAUUUGUAAGAAAGGUCCAUUUCAUUCAUUCCCCAAGGGUGAAAAAAACCAGGAAAGGCGUUUGAAGUGGAUGCAGAACUCUGGGAAUGAGGAUUUGUUGUCUUUAUCAUUGGCAUCUUUGGACUCAAAAUUUGUUUGCGGUGGUCAUUUUAGUUCUGAUAGUUAUUCCAACAAACAAAUUAGCCGCUUGAAGGCUAAUGCUUUACCAACUGAAAACCUUCUUGAUGUGUUUACUGAUGAAGUAAUGUUGGGUGUGUUAGGUCAUGAUGAAUGUUUACGUAAUGUUAAUGUUGUAUCUGCUAGUAGUGGUUGCUCUGUUUCUUGUUCUAGCCGUGUUGAAUCAAAUUAUGUGUCUUUAAUAACGCCAAAUGAUGAUGUGAUAGGUGUUGUGAGGAAAAAUAUUUGGCGUUCAUGUUGUUUCGUUGGAUGCGAAUCUGAUGGUAGUCAUCGAGUGCUUCAUCAAUUUCCAAAAUUGUAUUGCAAUGGCCAAGUUGAUAUGGUUAAUGUGGAAAAGUAAGUUUUUGUGUUGUGAAGUUGUAUGAAGGCACACUAAUUGUUGUUUUCUGAUGUCGUUUUCUUUCAAACUUCAGGUUGAGA